AGAACUUUUUCGUAGAAUUUGUGCAUGCCGAGUAACUCCGUGAAAACUUCUGGUCGCAGUUCAAACAACCUGCCGACUUGGUCCGACGCACGAAUGGCGAAUUUUACCUGUUCAAAUCGGGGCCGAGGCAAAAUUAUUAUUUUGUUUCCGUUACUCUUAAUGUUUUUUCUACCUAAAGGUAAGUUUAAUCGAAUGCUUAAACCGAAACAUACGCGUCGUUCUGAUUUAUAUUCGACAAAACUUUAUAUUACGCGUCAGAAAAAUUAGUAAAAAUCUAAAAGACAACAAAUACAAUUACAAACGUUGGCGAGGUUUGUGUGUUCACCGGACACAGGAACUAAUGUGCAAGCCUGAUGAUUUGAAAAAAACUCAAUGAAUUCCAAUUCUUUUUACAAUCAAUCGACGACAGGAUAUAAGCCUUAGAAGAGAAAAAAUUAGUUUCACUCAUUCCAGUUUAAAUGUUUUAACUGACAUAUGUAAUUAGAGACGAUGAGACAACCGCGCUCAAAGAAAUCAGUAUCUUUUAAAUGCAUAUUAAAUCUCUCUUGUCAUUUCUUUUUCAAGUAUUCAUUCUCAAUAAUUCCAAUUUUACUUUGAACUGGUUCAAAAAUAUUAAUUUACUUAUCUCAACACUAUUCCGAUCACUCGGAGACUUAACUCGUUGAACCACGGCAGCCGUCUCUGUUCUUAAAUUAAAGCGUACAAAUUUUAUAACAAAAGUUUCAGAGACCCUCGAGCAAGACAUGGUAAGAAAUAAGUAAAUACCUCACGAAAUUGACGGAUGACCGCCAGAAACCUGCGGUGUCGCUCUAUGAAGCUAUCAUGAAUGUCUACCUUGCUAAGUCAGCUUUUUGUGAGGGCUUUGAGGUUUCAGAGCAUCAAAACAAGUAUAGUGACGCCGCAAGAGGAUUAUGUGUGAAGAGAAAAUUGAGUUUUCCCCGUUUCGUGGUUGGUGCGACUUAAAUUCUUCUCCCAAAAACCCGGCAGCUUUGUAAAGUAUUACACGUAAAAUGAAAAUGAGUAGAUAACUAACAUGAUAUACUCGUUUACUGGAAAAAUAAAACCGUACGUUUCCUAUUCAUCUCAUCUUAUCACCAAAGCUUCUUUAGAAAUCUACGGACUUAAUUCCUUUACUUUACUUCUUCUUCUGUCCUUCUCUGUUUCUAAAAAUUUGAUUUGACUCCGAAAAUCCAAGCAGAAAUUGAAAACGACAAAGUUUUCCAUCACGAUGGAUUAUCUGACUUCAGUUUUGUGGUGCAUAGGUGCAACGUAAAGAUUUUAAUCAGUCUUACAACUGGUAUUACUAACACUUUAAUUCUCGGAUGAUAAUCUGCAAAAUCAAUACUAUUAUCGUUAUUCGCUUCGAGCUAAAAUAACCAUGUGAUAAAACACAAAAUUUAAUUUUUCCUUUCUUAGAAUCACGUCUAUAAUGAGGCGAAGGACUGUUUCUCAUACUAGCAAAAUUAAAAAGAAGCGAGUUUUUAUUUUCGUUUUCAUAUGCCUUCUAGACAUAUCAAAGCAAAAACAAAGUUACAGGGGGCUUAUUCAAUCUCUCUUCUCAAAAAGCCAGAUGGUAAAAGGGAUUUAUUCAAAGUGAUUUUAGCGAAAGCAAGAAAAACACACACCCCUCCAAUGAUUUUCAGGCUAUUUUCGCUAUUGUGUGGCGCGUUCUCCAUUAAUAUUCCUUUCAAAUUUAACGCCGGUAAGUCUUAAUAAGUCCCGAUGUGUCACGACAUGUUAAUCCAUUUAUAAAACCUUUCACGCGCAGCGUACGAGUUUCGCAAUAAGGUAGAACCAUCAGAAAGUUAAGAAGCAACCAUGUUUGGCAAUAAUAUUGCCUGUAAACUCCAUCAUCAUUAUCAUCUUUGUCAUCAUUAUUAUCAGCAGUGGUAGUAGUAAGAGUGCAUAUUUCAACGUAACGCUCAGACAUCGAGUUAGCUAAGCCAAGCAAAAAACAGCUUUCGUAUAGUUAACAGCCUCCUCAGACUCAUAUUAAUAUCGUUAUCAUCAUAAUUUAUAUCUUUUUUAGCAUUUAGCCUACGAUGUAACGUCUGCGAAAGCGGAGAGUCAUGGGAAAACUGCGACAGAAACAUGACGAUAAAAGAGUGUACCGCACAAGAAGGGAGAUGCGUCAAAUAUGACUAUCACGUGACAUACGAUAACACUACCAUGCCACAAUCAAAGCGUUUUCGACGUGAUUGUUUGCCUCCAGCCCAGUGCUCUAGCAGUACACUUCAAGCUUGUAGAGACCUCGAGGAGCCUGGUAUCCCGAUGAAAGUAACGUGUCACGUGUCAUGUUGUGCCGAAGACUCUUGCAAUUCUCAAGUAAAGACAAGUGCCUCUGUUCUAGUAAUGAUUAUCAUUCUUCUAACUGGGGCCACCUUUCAAAUUUAAGAGACAGUAAGAACAUUGUUGUCUCUUUAUUCAACACAUUGAACUGAUCCCUGGAAAAACUGCCUCUUUUAUGAUCAAUCGUCAUCAACUUGACCAAAUGUUAUGUCGUUAAGUUUAUUGACUGUUUUUUUCAAUGUCAAGAAAGAUUUUAUUUCACAGUGGAGAACAUUUAGAAGUAAUUAUAAUUUGCUUGAAUAAUAGGCCCAACAAACUGAUUGGGGUCCAAUUUUAAUCAACUUUAAGCCACAUUUCCUUCCUUUCCGAUUUCGAAUCACAUGUGAUAUUAAAGCACAAAAUGUAUAUAGUUGUGGAAAAAUCCAGUUCGGGUUUAAUACAAAUGAUCAUUCAAUGGCAGAUUAGCAUUCAGACACACACUCAAGAAAUUCACACAAGCACUUUAAAAUAAGCACUAACACUACUUAUGCAAGUUUGCAAGAUUGAGUAGCUCUGCUUGUGGGCGCAGGAGGAAGACCAUGCGCAUACGUGCAUUUUGGGCGCUGCUGUAAAAGCCCCUCAAUUUCUUAAUAAACAU